AUGUCGGGAUCAUAUUGGCAGCAUGAGUUUAUGGAAUGGAAUCAGCGAGUAUCACAUCUGCUGCAGUCAGGUGAAUGCUGUGACUGCACAUUCUUAGUAGGUUCAGAACCGAACCGAUCUAGGCUUAAAGCCCAUAAAGUUAUCUUAGCGGCUGCAUCUCCUGUGUUCAUGGCUAUGUUUUACGGCAGUAUGGCCGAGAAAGGCCCUAUAGAAAUUUUGGAUUUACAACCUGAAGAUUUCGAAACAAUUUUACAGUACAUUUACACAAAAAAUGCUUCAUUUUGUUCUGUCGAGAAAACCUUCUCAGUGUAUUAUGGUGCUAAAAAGUAUAUGUUACAAUCUUUAGAGAAAGAAUGUCUUUUGUUUAUAUCCCUUAAUAUUAACCCACAAAAUAUUUGUCGCGUUUAUAAAUUUGCACGGUUUAACGACGAAAUACAGCUAUUGGACCAAUGUGUACAGAUAUUAACGACCAAAACAAAAGAAGUCGUACACAAUUGGAGUUUAGAGCAGGAUGAUAUCGGCAUUCUAUUGACUCUGCUCUCAUAUGAAUCCCUCAAUAUUGGUAGUGAGUUGGAUUUAUUUCAAGCUGUUGAGAAAUAUUUUAAUACCUACACUCCUAGAAAGAGGAUUUUGGACAGCUAUGACUCGCUCAUAAGGAAAACGAAAAAAUGUCCACAUGGGGGGGAUUCUCCUGCCCAUAAGUUUAAUGUAAAACAAGCAGUUAACGAAGCGGGACCGAGUAAAUCUGAAAUAAAUAACAGAGAAGUAACUCAAAGCUCAUCAAAGAAGGCCAAUCAGAGAGAAAGUUCAGUUGAGUGUACCGAAGAUGUGGAAAAGUAUAAUUGUAAAAGUAAUGACGGUGAAGCAAACUUAUCCUGUAUAUUUGACCCCAAUAGUAGCAAUGGUAUGAGAUAUUUUGAAACCAUUUAUACAUAUUCUUAAUGAAAAAUUCUUGAAAAUUCACCACCCCAGGUACUCUGUGAUGGGACUCGAACCCAGGACUUUUCACAAUCCGUUUAGUCAUAUUAUAAUACGUCUUUUCAUCUGAAAAAAGUCACUUUGUCAUAAAUAAUAAUGAUAUAGAUAAUUCGCUAAAAAAAAAAAUACAAUCUAGUAUUAGGGAUUAAAGUAUGAAAUUGCCGUUUUAUUGUAAUAUGUUCCUUGAAUUGACAUAGAAUCUUCAUGGUUUAAGGUUUACAAAAGAAACUUUUUGGAUUCUAUUCUAUCCUUGGUUUCUAUGAUGUUAUUCUUUUAACAAAAGUGAAACAUUUGAAUAUCGACUUUCAAUUGUUUUUGUUAUUCAACUAAGACAAGAAAAAUGGAUACUGCGAAAAUUCUAAUUCUAGUUCUAAUGGAAACUUCGACUUCAAGAACGAGUCACAAGGAAGACCGCUCACACAUGUGAAUAACGAGGAAUUAAGAGAAAUGGUUGAAGCCGAUCCUAGUCAAACUAAUUAAAGGAAUAUUGGAUCAAAUUGUGACGUGUGAUGAAAAGUGGAUUCUUUAUUAUAACCGUUUAAGAAAAAUGCAAUGGCAGAUCCCAGAUCAAAUGCCACAACAGUGUCCUAAACCAAAAAUUACCAAUAAAAAGGUAAUAAGAGUAAAACAGUAUUUUCGUCAAUCCAAUCACAUUUGUAGCCAAAGAAGCUCACCGAUUAACAAUUUAAUAUAUAUGAAAAAUGAGCCAUAUUUAACUCCAAGUAGUUUUGUCGUUUAAAUAUUCAUUAAUAGUAUAAUAUCCUUUACUGAGUAGACAUUUCUUAAUAUGGGUUUUAAACUUAGGUAAUGGUAAAUUUAAAAUUUCCAUAGGAAUUUUGUUAUAGUAGUGUACACCUUGACCCAUAAAUGACGAUAGAACCUUCUUUAGCCUGCAUGACGGCAAAACAAGUUUAUCUUUGUUUCUAGUAUUAUAAUUGUGUACAUGACUAUGUUUAAUAUAAUUGUUAAUAUUGUUUCUAACAUAGAGUAUACAAUUGUAUAUGAAUUGGGAGGCCACUGUUAAUAUCCCAAUUUCUUUGAAUUUAUCUCUAAGUGACGUUCUUGAACCCAAUUGAUAAAUGGCCCUUAUUGCUCUUUUUUGUAAAAUAAAUAUAGACUCUAUAUCUGCAGCCAUACCCCAUAUCAGAAUGCCAUAUGACAUAACGCUAUGGAAAUAACUAAAGUAUACUGUCCUAGCGGUAUCUACAUCUGUAAGUUGCCUAAUUUUUUUUAUUGCAAAGGCAGCUGAACUUAGUUUUCCUGCCAAUAAUGAAAUGUGAGGAUGCCAUUGCAAUUUAGAAUCCAGCGUUACACCUAAGAAGAUUGUUGAAUCAACCAACUCGAGCUUUUCAUUAUUAAGUUUAAUUUCUGUAAGUUCAGCUUUUACAUUAGGUAACAUAAACUUUAUACAUUUCGUUUUUUUAACAUUUAACUGGAGAUUAUUUACAGUAAACCAGGUCAUAAUCUGUGAUAGAGCAUUGUUUACAUCGUCAAAAUUAUUUUUACAUCUAUCAAUAUUAAGUAUUAAAGAAGUAUCGUCUGCAAACAAUACUAUAUCGCAUAAAGUUUCGGCAAAAAAUGGCAAAUCAUUUAUGUAAGUUAGAAACAGAAAGGGACCCAGAAUAGAGGUAACCGUUUGGUGGUCUCAUCAUGAUGUUAUUCACUAUAAUUUUCUCCGAUCUGGUCCAGCAAUAAUGGCAGAUGUCUAUUGUGCCGAACUCCGAACAAUGUUGGCAAAACUAGCAGUAAAACAGCCUAGUGAAUCGAUCUUCAUCAUUGUUGCUCCAUGACAACGCGAGACCUCAGCAUGAGAAACCGUAUUGACCCUUCAGGAACUGCAGUUAGAAACCAUUCGUCAUCCUCCGCAUUUGCCAGACCGUGCUCCAACAGACAACCAUUUUUUUUCGUGAUUUGGACAAUUAUAAUUAUGAGAUAAUUAAUUAUCUACGUGAAAAGAAGUUUUCUUCCUAGGAGGCAGUACAAAAUGCUUUCACACAGUUUGUGCAAUCUAGAUCCACAGAGUCCUAUCGCAAAGGCAUAAAUGACUGUCAAAAAUUAAAAAUAAACAAUUUUGAUUUAAGUACAAAUCGGCAUUUUCGUACUUUAAACCCUAUUAUUAUCCAAACUUAAGUUAAAUUACCAAUAAACAACUAUGUUUUUCGAGAGAAAGUAGGAACACUUUUAUGCUGCAUCCGAGAGGCCGUCUGUAAGAUCCGUUUCUUGACGUUGACGGCGCAGGAGUUCGCGAAUGGGCCGGCGCUGUCGCCGCUGCUGAUGGAGACCGAAGCAUUUGCGGUGCUCAUGAACAUCCUCUCCAGCCAGGCGCUGGUGCCCAUGCCAAGGGGUUUCUCCGCGUCCCGCGUGCCUAGAAACCAGCAAUAUCUACCAACGCCGAUUUGUAGAAAUGAAGUAAUAUUCAGGUUCACUGUAAUGCACGCCCUGAUGCGGAAACGCUCUGUAGAAUCACUGCCCUUCUAUUUCCUGGACAUGCUAUGGAGCGUCAAAUUGACGCCCCGCAUCGAGACUACCACCACUGGACAAAUUAACAGAUACUUCGCACUUAUUCUCAAAUGCGGUGGGCCGGGAUCAACGGCAAAGCUGAUGGGCGCUGACUCCAGGUUAGAUAUGAAUUUGGCAUUAAGGUUAGGGCCACUACCUUACACACCGCCAGAGCAUAUCGCAGGGUCAGCGCCCGGGCCAGCUGUACGACCGGCCGCAGGGCCAGCGCCAGGGCCGUCUGCAGGGGCAGCACCGGGGCCGGCUGCGGGGCCAGCGCCAGGCUCGAGCUCAGGGCCAGAACCGGGGCCGAGCAAGGAGCCGGGUGCGUGCAAAAGAAGAAUGUGGGGUUACAAUCGGUUUGUCUCUUGGGACGUAGCGUUGAGUGCAUUAUUCCUGCACGCUGGCAACUCUAUCACCAUAGAAAGUUACCUCGGUGAAAUCGAAAACAGACCUAAGGAAUAA